AGUUGAUAGUUUCUUCUAUGACUUUCCCAACAAAAUGAGAUUAUUAUCCCAACUUGUCCCCAAAAUCUUGAUACAUAAUGAAAUUAUAUAUAAUUAGUUCGCAUAAGUCUAAAAAUCUUUCUUUCGUUUUAGUGUUAUCAUCUAAUCAUCUGCUAGAAAGACAAGAAUGUUCAUCUGGUCAAAAACUACUUGCUAUAUUUUCUUACAGUGGAUAUCUUACAUUCCAAGUUUUAUCAAAGUUAACUACCAGGGAGCAGGUGAUAUUACCAGAUAGCCUAACACAUAUCCUUGCCAAGUAGAAGCUAAUUCUAGUAGUAUCAUAAAUAUCUUCCAAUAAUGAAUUAUAGUGGUUUUCUAAGAGGGUUUCAAAUUUGUUUUGCAUCAGUUUUUUUUUGUAUUCUUAUUAAACAAUUGAGAUUAAAAUCUGGUGUUUGUGAACGUAUUAGUGAUUUUAGAUCAUAACUGAAAGUGGAGCUACUGCAACCUUGUCACAUAACUAUACAGUCACAUAACUAUACAAUC